AGCCCGCUCGGUCGGGCUGCCUUUGUCUCGGCCGGAGCAUGUGGGUGAACCCGGAGGAGGUGCUGCUGGCGAACGCCCUGUGGAUCACGGAAAGGGCCAACCCUUACUUCAUCCUGCAGAGGAGGAAGGGGCACGGAGGAGAUGGAGGCAGCGGAGGGCUGGCUGGUCUUCUUGUGGGCACUCUUGAUGUUGUACUAGAUUCUAGUGCAAGGGUGGCACCAUAUCGAAUCCUCUAUCAAGCCCCGGACUCUAUGAUAUACUGGACUAUUGCCUGUGGUUGUUCAAGGAAAGAAAUAACUGAGCACUGGGAAUGGCUGGAACAGAAUUUACUGCAAACUCUUUCAAUCUUUGAAAAUGAAAAUGACAUAAACACGUUUGUCAGAGGAAAAAUACAGGGCAUCAUUGCAGAAUAUAACAAAAUUAACGGUAUCAAAGAGGAUGAUGAUACUGAAAAAUUUAAGGAAGCAAUAGUGAAGUUCCACAAACUGUUUGGAAUGCCAGAGGAAGAGAAACUGGUGAAUUACUAUUCUUGCAGUUAUUGGAAAGGGAAGGUCCCACGCCAGGGCUGGAUGUAUCUUAGCAUUAACCACCUCUGCUUUUAUUCCUUUCUCAUGGGCAGGGAAGCCAAGCUAGUCAUCCGGUGGGUUGACAUUAUCCAGCUUGAGAAGAAUGCGACUCUGCUUUUACCCGAUGCGAUCAAAGUUAGCACAAGGUCCAGCCAGCAUUUCUUUUCCGUUUUCCUCAACAUCAAUGAAACAUUCAAGCUAAUGGAACAACUUGCCAAUAUAGCCAUGAGGCAACUCUUGGAUAAUGAAGGGUUUGAACAAGACAGGUCACUGCCCAGACUUAAAAAGAAAUCCCCUAAAAAAGUAUCUGCCCUAAAACGGGAUCUUGAUGCCAGAGCAAAGAGUGAAAGGUACCGUGCUUUGUUCCGGUUGCCUAAAGAUGAAAAACUUGAUGGACACACAGAUUGCACUUUGUGGACUCCAUUUAAUAAAAUGCACAUUUUGGGCCAGAUGUUUGUGUCUACAAAUUACAUCUGUUUUACUAGCAAGGAAGAACAUUUGUGCAGCCUUAUUAUCCCUCUGCGAGAGGUGACCAUUGUAGAAAAGGCAGACAGCUCGAGUGUAUUGCCCAGUCCAUUAUCUAUCAGCACAAAAAACAGAAUGACUUUUCUCUUUGCCAAUUUAAAAGACAGAGACUUCCUUGUACAGAGAAUUUCAGACUUCCUUCAGCAAACUACUUCUAAAAUAUACUCUGAAAAGGAGAUUUCUGGAAGUUAUAACAGUUCAGAUGAUGAGGUCUAUUCAAGGGCGAGUAGUAUCAUUUCAUCAAGCCCUCAGAGAAGCCUUAGUUCUGAAGCAGAUGGAGAACGGCAGUUCAACCUGAACGGGAACAGCAUCCCAACUGUAACACAGGCUCUGAUGACCAUGUAUCGGCGGCGUUCGCCUGAGGAAUUCAACCCCAAAUUAGCAAAAGAGUUUUUGAAAGAACAAGCUUGGAAGAUUCAUUUUGCUGAAUAUGGCCAAGGUGUCUGUAUGUAUCGUACAGAGAAAACAAGGGAUCUGGUGCUGAAAGGUAUCCCUGAAAGCAUGAGAGGGGAACUCUGGCUGCUCCUGUCAGGAGCUAUUAAUGAAAUGGCCACCCAUGCUGGAUAUUAUGAAGACCUGGUGGAGAAAUCCAUGGGCAAAUACAAUCUUGCUACAGAAGAGAUUGAGAGGGAUUUGCACCGCUCUCUGCCAGAGCACCCUGCGUUCCAGAAUGAGAUGGGCAUUGCUGCUUUGCGGAGAGUUCUCACGGCUUAUGCGUUUAGAAAUCCAAACAUAGGAUACUGCCAGGCCAUGAAUAUUGUUACAUCAGUACUGCUUUUGUAUGCAAAGGAAGAGGAAGCUUUUUGGCUGCUGGUGGCUUUGUGUGAGCGCAUGCUUCCAGAUUACUACAACACAAGAGUAGUUGGUGCUCUGGUGGAUCAAGGCGUGUUUGAAGAGCUGGCACGGGAUUAUGUUCCACAACUCUAUGACUGUAUGCAGGACUUGGGAGUCAUCUCCACCAUCUCUCUUUCCUGGUUCCUCACGCUCUUCCUUAGUGUAAUGCCCUUUGAAAGUGCUGUGGUGGUUGUGGACUGUUUCUUCUGUGAAGGCAUAAAGGUGAUAUUCCAGUUAGCCCUGGCUGUGCUGGAUGCUAAUGUGGACAAGCUGCUGAAUUGUAAAGAUGAUGGUGAAGCUAUGACAGUGCUUGGAAGGUAUUUGGACAGCGUGACAAAUAAGGACAGCACUUUGCCACCAAUCCCUCACCUUCAUUCAUUGCUCAGUGAUGAUGUUGGGCCUCAUCCUGAAGUGGAUAUCUUCAGACUUAUCAGAACUUCCUAUGAGAAAUUUGGAAGCAUACGAGCAGAUUUGAUUGAGCAAAUGAGAUUCAAGCAGAGACUGAAGGUGAUCCAGACACUUGAGGACACUACAAAACGCAAUGUGGUACGGACCAUCGUGACCGAGACCUCUUUUACUAUAGAUGAGCUGGAGGAACUCUAUGCCCUUUUCAAGGCGGAGCAUCUGACAAGCUGCUACUGGGGAGGCACCAGCAAUGCCGUUGACCGCCAUGACCCAAGCUUGCCCUAUUUAGAACAGUAUCGCAUUGACUUUGAGCAGUUCAAAGGAAUGUUUGCUCUCCUUUUUCCUUGGGCCUGUGGAACUCACUCCGAUGUUUUGGCUGCACGUUUGUUCAGAUUACUGGAUGAAAAUGGAGAUUCAUUAAUCAACUUCCGGGAAUUUGUUUCUGGGCUAAGUGCUGCAUGCCGCGGGGAUCUUACUGAGAAGUUGAAGCUGCUGUAUAAAAUGCAUGUUUUGCCUGAUCCAUCCUCUGACCAGGAAGAGCCAGAUUCUGCUUUUGAAGCAACUCAGUACUUUUUUGAAGACAUCACGCCAGAGUGUACACAUGUUGUCGGCGUAGACAGCAAGAACAAACAUGGAUCAGAUGAAGGGUUUGUUAGUGUGAGUGUGAAAACUGAGAAAGGUAAGAAGAAUUCUCAAGACAACAGAAAUUACCUGAGAAUGUGGAGCCAAGAGAAUAAAUCUAAAGCAAAAAAUGCAAAGGACUUGCCCAAAUUAAAUCAGGGGCAGUUCAUUGAGUUGUGCAAGACGAUGUAUAAUAUGUUCAGUGAAGACCCCAAUGAGCAAGAUCUUUAUCAUGCUACUGCUGCUGUGACAAGUCUGCUGUUGGAGAUUGGUGAGGUUGGCAAGCUAUUUAGUGUGCAGCCUAUAAAAGAGGCUGAGAGCAGCAGUAAAGCCACGCAAAAUGCUCUCCUCCAGAAGAAGGAUAACCAGCAGUAUCAUCUUGUGCACCGUGAUCCUUUCCAAGGUGGCUUCCUUGCUGAUGAUGAAGAGAACAUCUGUGGUGAUGGCACCCAGAUGGAAGACAUUAAGCUGGAAGACUCUUCUCCUAGGGACAACGGAGCUGGCUCUUCCAUGCUUAUUUCUGACGAUGACACUAAAGACGACAGUUCCAUGUCUUCCUAUUCUGUCCUAAGCGCGGGUUCUCACGAGGAGGAAAAGCUACACUGUGAAGACAUAGGCGAAGACAUUGUUUUGGUGCGAAGCAACAAUUCUGCUCCUCUGCCAGGGAGCACUAGCAUUGACAGAGACUGGGCCAUCACUUUUGAGCAGUUUUUGGCUUCCCUCUUGACUGAAUCAGCCCUCGUCCGGUACUUUGAUAAACCGGUAUGCAUGAUGGCACGGAUUACUAACGCAAAGAAUGUAAGGAUGAUGGGGAAACCCAUAACAUCUGCGAGUGACUAUGAGAUCUCUGCUAUGUCAGGCUAAGUGGGCCUC